CCUACUCUGUAACCAAACCAGAUUUGUUUACACGUAUCUUUCUUGAGAUUGAGAAGCCAUCUUAACGACUUAAAAUGACAGUCCAUUUUAAGGGAGUGAGCGAAUAUCAGAAUCAAUACAAGGCUCGACAUCUACGAUCGAGAAGCGCACCACCCCAUCGUAGAAUGCGACUGGCCGGACUCCGCUCUGACCAGCUGGGAAUUAAUAGAGAACCCCAGUUUCAAAGCAAAAGGAGGGUUCAAGUCUAUCCACCACAAGUAUCUGGUUCUCUUCAAUGGAAAGGUUCAUCUGUUUCACCAAGGCAGCAAGAUAAAAUCAAGCCUGGAAUCCCUCCUGUGGUCCCUGUGGUACAAACUGAUAGUGAAGAAAAGGUGGAAACCCCUCUGGCCCCAAGAGCAUCCAAACCACCAAGGGCCUCAAGAGCAACCCAGCACCAAGAGGAGGUUUCAUCUGCUCAGAGAGAAGAUCCCUCUGCUGACCAGCUGAAACAGGGAACUUCAUCAAAACACGUAAACCAUGUGCUGAGGAGGAAGGCAGGCUUGAAGUCAGAGUGCCGGAGGAAUGGUGGUCGGGACUCUGAGUACCACAGGCAGUUUCACUGGAAAACUCCAGUGGCUGAUUCACCUCUUCUCACAGCACAGCAGAUGUUGUACACCAGCAAUAGUAGGAUCCCACCUUUCAAGUCUGACCCAGCAGUCAUGGAGAGUGAGUACAUGAGGAGCUUUAAAGGGUCCCCUCCUCCCAAGCCCCCAUACUUACGGCGAGAUGUGGAGAUAAAUGCGUUUCCACUGCCCCAAAUGGAGAACCCCUCUCCUGACAAGAGUAAGAAGAAGAAGAAGAGGCAGAAGCAGAAGGAGCAGCACUUCAGCAGAAGGUUAAGUCCCAAAGAGGAGGCUCCCCCUCCAGAGCCACAGCCCCUGCAACAGAAAGUGAGGUCACCACGUGCCCAAAACGACAUUUCACCCAAAGUCACGAGGAAAGCAAAGACUGAAUAUAGCUCCAACUUUCGUUCUCCACUUCAGUACCACUACAGAGAUGGAGCAUGGGUCAAGCUUAGGACACUGGGAGAAGAGGUGCGGGAGUUGCGGGAGAAAGCAGAAGCCUACAGGAAGAGGGCUUGGGGCACUCACUUCUCCCGGCAGCACCUCAGCCAGAUCUUGUCUGCCCAGAACUACCUGUGGGAGGCCUCUAGUAGCACCUCUUUCUCCCCUCCCAGUGAAGAAGACAUCCACUCCACUAACAGUCCCAUCGUCGAGGCCCUGGAUUUGGCCAGGGUGGAUAGUGUCAAGGGGAGCUCUAGCCGUGGGACAUCUAUCACUUUGACAACUAGUAGACGGAAUUCUUUUGAAGGAGCAGGGGCAUUGAAUGGUCCCACCCUUCCAGUACAGAGAAAACUGGCGUGGGAAGAGGAAGCAGGUCCUUGUGAGAGCGGUGUGGCUCAAAUAGAGCAACUGAGAAAGGAGCCACCUUUUCAGCAACCAGUGGAGACAGAAGAAAGAGGGGGCAUACAUGACAAUUCAGAGGACAAAAAAGAUGAGGUCACAGCAACAGAGAGUGACCCCUCUUCACCUGAAGUUGUGUCUGCACACUUGCGUGAGGAGGGCAGGGUACCUACUCCCAAACUGAAAACCAUGCUCAAUACACAGAGGACCCAUCACGACCGCACAACUCCAACAACAGGAGGGGCUGUACUGGUUUCCCCUCCCAGGACAAAUUGUACAAGGAGAACUAGGAAGAGUAAACCACCACUGGGUAAAGCUCACUCACCAUACAGACAACUUAAUCAUGGCUCACCUCCACAAGCACAUAGCAAGGCUGAGAGUGGGGGCCUGCCACGUUCUGCCCUGGCUGCAGGGAUGGCCACGGUAGACCCACUGCCACUGAACGAAGACUUGUGGGCUGCAGACAGUCCUACAGGCUCGCCUGAGCAAACACCAGUCAGAACACCUCUCAAACAAGUAGCCACCGAGUUGCUUUUGGCUGCUAGCUCACCACAUGCCAACAGAAUCCAGGGCAUGCUGAGGAACCCUGAGUUUCAGCAUAACGGUAACCUGGGAUUGCAUCGGUCCGAGACAUUUUUGUUCCCUUCAAGUGAUUCUGGUGUAUCUGACAAUGAUGACAGGAUGUCUGAGAUCUCAUGCAGGUCAGCAGCCUCCUGUUUCAUGGCUUCCCAGGUCCUGAACCAUGCUCAGAGGAGGAAAGAGGACUUCUGGGGAAAGAGCUAAUAUAUCAAUACUCAUAAUUCUGCAGUGCACACACUGUAAAUCACAUCUCUGUAUUGCAUAUAAUGUAUGUAUUUCACACUACAUAAUAACAAGAAAUAUGAACAAAAUGAUGUAAAAUAAAUAAAGGACAAAGAUUUGUAAUUUAAUUUGAUUUAUCUUUUGUACUUUGAUAUUACCAGCAUAUUAUGGCCAUAGGAAAAACUAUCAUGGUAUAGUCAAAGUUUCAAAGAAUGUACACAGAUAACUGCUUUUGGUUCUCUAUUUAAUUGUUUAUAUAAAAUCUAAAUUGAAUGUAAACAAUUAUUUUGUACAUUGUUA